AUGCAGUCUGUAGGAAGUUUACAACCAAAAUCCUCUUCAAAUAAUACCGCAGCUGCACAUGCUGCCCUUUCAAAAUCAUCAGAACUUGAAAAAAUCGAUAAAUCAGUGAACACGAAUUCUCAAAGUUAUAUUGCUGCAUACAAUACUGAACUUUCUCCAGAAAAAAACAAAAGUCAACAUUUUGAAAGCAGAAUUAUUACUUCAUCUACUGCGCUCUCUCUAUCAAAUUCGUCGAAUUCCAAUGGUUCUCUAAGCAAUUCACCUACUAUGAAUCAUCAAUCAUUGAUGCAAAUACUUGAAAUUGAUAACGUCAAACGUCUGAACGGUUUUCAACCACCGAAAAAACGAUCAAAGCCAUUACAUUUAUCUGUUUCAAAAAAACAAAGAACAUACAAGGGAUAUAGUGUAAACGAAGAAAUAGGAGAAGAUACAAUAUCCAAUAGUGUGGCUGAGGAAGAGCAUCAAAUUUCACAAGCAAAGCUUUCAAAAAGAAACACAUUACAUUUCUUUCGGAAUCUUGAUGCUACCAAUGAAGAACAAGAAGUUUCUGAUGAUAUUAUAAUAAUUGAACAAAACAACAAUACAACCAAGAAUAUAAAUGCUAAAACUUAUAUAUAUAACGCAAAUCAAAAGAACGUAGUUGGACAGACGACUCGUUUACACAAAGGCUCAAAUUUAACAACUAAUGAAAAUAUUAGAGACAUUGAAUAUAGAAAAAGGAAAAUAAAUGUACAAGAUUCAAGCGAGGAUGAACUAGAAAAUCCCAAAUUCAGUAACAUAAUGAAAAAGAACAAACUUCAUAAAAGGCAGUUAAAGAUCAAUAAAGACGAAAUUCCAAUUAAAAGUGAAGAAGAAUUUUGGAAUCCAACUUCGGCUGAAUAUAACGCUGAAGACGAGGUUAUUGAACGGAUGAGAGCUCAAUUUCCGAUAGAAAUUUUUCGGGAAUUAGCAGAAAAGAACCUGUCGAUUCCAAAAUCUAAUAAUGAAAAAAAACGAGUUUCAUUCGUUGAAAGAUUUAAAGAAUAUUCAAAAGCUUUAGAUAGUGAUGACGAAGAUAUUAAAAAACGUUCAGAAGACGUUGAUAUCAUUGACGAUAGCGACGUUACUCCAAUCGAUACAGAAUGUAAAAUUGACAAGUCAGGCAAAUACGCGAAAGAAAAAUUAGAUGAGGAAAUUAAAAGAUUAUUGCAAUGCAUUGGCGAGACAAUUUUUAGACAUCUUCGUAGACAGGACGUAGCUUUAUUUCAGGUUACACGAAAAAUAAUUGUUCAAAAUGAGACUAGCUUGACUCAAGGAUUAGAAACGCAGUUUAGAAACAAACGCGAAUUGCUUAAUAAAUUUAAAAGAAAUUAUGCUACAAUCUCAACAGCAUAUCAACAAAUGAUUAAAGAAUUAAAGGAAGGAAGAAAAGGAUUUCCUUCUUUGGAACAAGUUGAAAAUUGA